AUGAAAUCGAGCAUCACGAAAGCGAUUCAGUUUCGAGCGAUGCGCAAAAUUGCGUCGAGCCUCAGACAUGCGCGGCUCAUGAGCACCGAGGCGACGAGUUUUACGUUGGCCGAUGCUGGAACGCUGUACGAAAUCGACGCGGAAUCGUCGAAACGGCUGAAUAUGCGCGCGAAUUUGCCGUCGCCGAUGGGAAAACAGCUUGAAACUCUUGGCGAGCUGGUGACAUUGGUUCGCGAACCUCUUUUAGAGGUUGUUUCAUGUAUGCGAGUUGUUGAGAAAACCCUGCCAACGCUUCGAUUGGUCCUUUGGGGAGCUUUUGGUACAGGAAAAUCGGUCACGCUGAACCAGGCGGUUCAUUACGCGAGCGCUAAUGAUUGGGUGGUUGUACAACUUCGAUCAGCCAUGCUUCUGACUCGUCAAGUCAAGGAAAUCGAGAUGUCGUCGUAUGUGCCGGGGCGAAUCAAUGAUCCGCCGAACGCGGUGGCGAUUUUGCAGGCGUUCAAGCAGCAGAACCAACAUAUUUGGAAGAAGCUUGCUGAAUUGACCACCGAGCGCGAAUACGAGUGGUCGAAAAGCGAGAAAACUGGUGCGGGAAAGCCGAUCACCGAAAUUGUGGAGAUGGGAAUCUCCGCGCCGUUCCUUUCUUCCGACUGCGUUGGAGCAUUGUUUAGGGAGCUCAGAAGGCACGCCACGAAUGACAGUGUCAAGGUUCUGGUGGCAAUCGACGACGCCAAUUCGCUUUGGGGAAAAACUUUGGUGAAACGAGCUGACAGGACAUAUGCUUCUCCUGGCGAUUUGUCGCUUGUCAUUCAUUUCCGGCGACUUCUUGCGAAUGACUGGACGAAUGGGUGUGCGUUGAUGGUGGCUGAUAAGAAGGAGGUGGCUGAUGCUCGCGAUGAGCUCACCGUGUCGCGACAUACACCACUUGAGCUUUUUGGAGAGGAAGGCUUCGAUUUUAUUGAGCCGUUCCUUCCGAUUGAGGUCAAUAACUAUACGGAAAAAGAAAUUCGAGAGUUGUAUGAAUACUAUGUGAAGAAAAAUUGGCUGGCCACGAAGAAUGCAAGAACUGAGAAAGGACGAAUGGAGCUGAUGCACUUGAGCGCGUUUAAUCCAUAUUAUUUUGAACGCCUAUGCGCCUUUAAUUAA